GCGAGUGCCCUGCAAAUACUCCAAGGGCAAAGUUUCGGAGGCUGGCUUGGAAGAAGAGAGGGUAGGAGUUGGCUUAAGCUCAGUCACCUUCGGGCUGAUCUUUAUUCCUCCCGAGUCACAAGCAUCUUGCCGGUGAAGCGGGCUGGACGGUUCCCCGGGCUGUGGGGGAUGGAGGGACCGGAGAGAGAGAUGCAGAGCGGGGGGACUGCGGUGGGUCUGUUCCUGACCAACGAAUCCACCGGCAGCCCAGCCCUGGAUCCCAACACCGACUACGACCAGGAGUUCAUCCGUUAUCUGUGGAGGGAGUACUUGUACCCGAAGGAAUACGAGUGGGUCUUGAUCGCCGCUUACAUUGUUGUGUUCAUCGUUGCUCUGAUUGGGAACGUACUGGUUUGUGUUGCAGUAUGGAAGAACCACCACAUGAGGACAGUCACAAACUAUUUCAUCGUGAAUCUGUCAUUUGCCGAUAUUCUCGUUACUAUUAUCUGCCUGCCUGCCAGCCUUGUGGUGGACAUAACUGAGACCUGGUUCUUCGGCCAUACUCUCUGCAAAGUCAUUCCUUACCUACAGACUGUUGCGGUUUCUGUGUCUGUACUGACACUCAGCUGCAUCGCUCUGGACCGCUGGUAUGCGAUAUGUCACCCACUGAUGUUCAAGAGCACGGCCAAGCGAGCACGGAGCAACAUAGUCAUGAUAUGGAUCGUGUCCCUUGUCUUAAUGAUUCCCCAGGCAAUCGUCAUGGAGUGCAGCAUCAUGGUGCCAGAACUAGCCAACAAAACACUUCUAUUCACCAUCUGCGAUGAACAUUGGAAAGAUGAUAUUUACGCCAAGGUGUAUCAUAUCUGCUUUUUCAUUGUGACGUACAUGGGCCCUUUAUGUCUCAUGGUUUUGGCCUACUUUCAAAUAUUUCGGAAGCUUUGGUGCCAACAGAUUCCCGGCACUUUCUCGGUCAUACAGAGGAACUGGAAGCCCCUUGCCCUGCAGUGCCCCUCGCAGCGAGGUCGGAGAGACCAAUCCAGGUCCAGAACCCAUGGUGUAGCGGCAGAAAUCAAACAGAUCCAAGCGAGGAGAAAAACAGCAAGCAUGCUCGUGGUGGUUCUGAUUUUCUUUGCACUUUGCUACCUUCCAAUCAGCGUCCUAAACAUCCUGAAAAGAGUGUUUGGGACUUUCGACAAUAUUAAUGACAGGGCAACACUCUAUGCAUUGUUCACCUUCUCACAUUGGCUGGUCUAUGCCAACAGUGCAGCUAAUCCUAUCAUUUAUAAUUUUUUGAGUGGCAAAUUCCGGGAAGAGUUUAAAAUGGCGUUUUCCUGCUUUGAGCGGAGGGACGGUCGGAGCGAGGAGCCACUCAGCAGGGGGCGGGCGAGCACGGAGAGCCGCAAAUCGCUGACCACGCAGAUCUGCCACUACAACGUUUCCAAAAACGCGGAGCAUGUGGUGCUUGCGAACGUGACCACGCUGAAGUCCAGCGCUUUCACUGCCAUUAGAGACUGGUGACCGUGACAUUAAAGACCCACCCGAGGAUGUCUCACCGCAUCGCAAGAGCAAAGCCGAGGCCGUGUGUGGUGAUAGGUGACAAUAUUUUGGACGUGCAUCACGUCCUUAAAGUUCACGGUGACAGAAAAUAAAAUUCCUCCUCUGAUAUUAAUAGAUGGAAUGACAAGAAUCAGAGAAUGCAUACAAUAGGUGGGAGCUGCUGAAACCUCGUGACCAUGGUGACACCGAAUUACCUGGACAACCUGCUACCCUCCCCUUCACUUUCACCACAUGCCAGCUAACUCCACUUUUUUCAGACGGGUUAUACACUCCCAGAAUGUGAAACUUUUCAUUGGACUUGCAUCAGGCAGUGCAGUACAAACAGUAGUAAACACUGCCCAGUCCAUCAUCGGCUCUGACCUUCCUUCCAUCAAGGGGAUUUAUUGCAGUCGCUGCCUCAAAAAGGCUGGCAGUAUCAUCAAAGACCCACACCAUCCUGGCCGCACACUCAUCUCCCUGCUACCUUCAGGUAGAAAGUACAGGAGCCUGAAGACUGCAACAACCAGGAAUACCUACUUCCCUACAGCCAUCAGGCUAUUAAACCUGGCUCGGACAAAACUCUGAUUAUUAAUAACACAUUAUCUGUUAUUUGCACUUUAUCAGUUUAUUUAUUCAUGUGUGUAUAUAUUUAUAUUAUGGUAUAUGGACACACUGAUCUGUUUUGUAGUAAAUCCCUACUAUGUUCUGUGUGCUGAAGCAAAGCAAGAAUUUCAUUGUCCUAUCAGGGACACAUGACAAUAAACUCACUUGAACUUGAAUUUGAGUUCAUAUUGCAACUCACAGCAUUCCACCUCAGUGCCCUCUUGUCCCUGGUUUCAUGCCUUAACUCUUAGAGUCCAACAUCCCCUAAAAACCACCUUAUCUACCUGUCCCGCUUUAUUCCUCCGUAACGACCCAUUUCAUGUCCUCCCUGAGGAUGUGUAGCCCCAAUGGGAUCUCUACUCUUGCUCCCACCUCCAUGUACUGGAUGGGAACUUGUGAUGCCAAACCAAGCCACUGAACAGCACCAUCUCAGGGUCCAUCUGCAUAACAUCACCUGUU